AUGGCGGCCACUUACAAGCAGUUCCUUGCUGCGCCCAGCUCGUCUCUGCUGGCCGAUACGGCUGCACUGCACUACGUUACCACGACUACGACUUUUUCUGGUCCUACUGAGAUCAUCAAACAUCUGAAUGCGCUUCAGAAGCAGGUCGCAAAGAAGAAGGAGGAAGUGUUCAAUAUUGUUGAUGGGCAAAACGUCAUUGCCUUAGAAGUUGACACAGGUCUCGGCUUUCAAACUGGAGGCGGUCCUUAUCUCCCUGGCCUUGAUGACAAUUUUUUGUCUGCCCGUGAUGUUUACCUCCCCAUUACUCACUUUGUGACCUUCGAUGAAGCUGGCAAAAUUCUUCAGAUUCGACUCCAAUGGGACCAGGGCUCGCUUCUCAAGCAAGUUGAAGUGAUUGGAAAGUCUGGCCGCAACUGGCCCAUUAGAGAUAGCCGAGAGCAGAUCGCAUUUAUCCAGUCUUGCAUCAGAACGGCUGGCACUGGUGCCCCUGUCGCCCCCAGCCACAACGAGACCGUUGCGCGAAACCGAACUAAUUCCACUAAUGCCCUCCGCGACCCCCAUGCAUCCUUGAGGCUGUUUGGUCCUCGAGAUGAAAUUGAAGGGGAGCCCGCCAGUGUUGUAUCCCCUUACGCUGGUACUAGCCGCCCUCGACAGCGGUCUUUCACCGAGAUUUUGGGUGACGAACCCACUUCACCCAGCUCUGGCCGUCGAAAUAUGUCGCCUUCGAAGCGUGGCCAGGGUAAGAACUUCCAGCCUUCGCGAAUUUUCGAUGGUCAAGAGCAUGUCGAGCAACCGGAGGAGCAGCCUCAGCCCAAGAACAAGCGAUAUAUCCGCCCUAACCCAAAGAAGUUCUCUCAUUUCGACUUUGCCGAUGGCAGUGACCCCCAGGACGCCCCCCAGCCGGGCCAAUCCUUUGAUGAAAGACCAAAGUCUAAGCACGACAGCCAAUGGUCUUUCCAGGAUUUCGUGACGCCACAGAAAGUGAAGCCCUCCAGAACUAUGCGCACCCAGGAUGUUCGCCAUUGGGACACUGACAAGGAUGUUGUGGAUGAGACACCAGGCCACCCGGCUGCCAAGCCUAGACGCGAUGCCGACGCACACUUCGAGCUACUUGACGACGGUGAGAGAGUGCCCCAGCAACCGCGCCCCGGUUCCCAUCCCCCGGGCUAUGCUCAUAACGAGGGCCUAGGGCUUUAUAAGAAUCAAUUGUUUGACAAGGAGGACGUAGGACAAAACGAACGCGCUUUAGGCAACAUCACCAACGUGAAAGACCGUGGAAAAGAUUUUGACCACCACUUCGAUAUCAGUGACGAGUCACCAGCCCACCCCCAAGAUCGCGUCCCUGAAGGCCACCAGAAAGCUGUCCAAAUGAUGCAACACAACUGGGACACAUACGACAGGUCUCCUGCCGCUCAGAAGGAAAACCGACCAAUCGAGAACACCGAUAGCCACAAGAUCAACAUCGCCGGUGAUGGUAUGGGAGGGCGAAAGGGCACCAACCGGGACUGGCUCUAUGGAGAGACUCAAGAUGUCCCUCAGUCGAUUCCCACCCGCAAGCAACCCAAUGUUGUUGCUUCGGGCGUUCCCUUGACCAAGAGUGCCAAGAUUCACAUUGCAGGCGACGGCAUGGGCGGCAAGAAGGGUACUGAGCGAGACUGGCUCUACAAUGAGACUAGCGAGACAGCUGAUGACUCAAAGACCACCAAACCGAUCCCUACAAGAACACCAGGAUCCAACGCCGCACCUGCUAGUGAAAUCAAGGAGAAUACCGACAAGCACAAGAUCAACAUUGCAGGUGAUGGUAUGGGCGGUAAGAAGGGUACCGAGCGUGACUGGCUCUACAAUGAGACGAGCGAGACAUCUGGCGGUCAAGCAACAGCCACCAAAUCGAUCCCUACCCGAACACCAGGAUCUAGCACCGCGCCCACCAACGAAGUCAGAGAGAACACAGAUAAGCACAAGAUCAACAUUGCAGGCGAUGGCAUGGGUGGUCGAAAGGGUACCAACCGAGACUGGCUCUACGGUGAACUGGACGAGCAGCCUCUUCCCACACGGCAGAACGCAUCCUCCAAGAAGGACUUCUGGGACUUUUAGAGAAGAGUGCUUUGCUAGGGAGAACACUCGGACUUAAAUAGAUCUCAAUGUGCGUCCUGUUAUAUUGCUACAGUCUUCAGUUAUGUUGUGUGCACAUCUGCAUGCAAACGCACGAGUUAUGAUUCAUGAGGGUUCAUCAGCAUUACUUUCCGCCUUGGAAACCCCGCUUGAAAAAGCAUCAUAGCCCUCGGGUCCUCCUUCGUCUUUUAUCUUUUUUUGCCUUUAUCUUGCUCUUUCUUAUUUGCUUAUUUUACGGCCUCGCUUACGUAGUAGGCUGCUGAAGACAAAUUAUUUGGCAGGAAGCGGACGAUCAGCCUAGUUGAUAUGCGGGCAUGUUCUCAAGACGACGUAUUAACAUAGGGGGGACUCGAAUUAGAUACCAUUGCUA